AUGGCUGAAUCGCAGUCAGAUCCCAUGGGGGGUCUGCCACCCACGGGGCUACCUCCUGGGCCACAUCCUCCUGGGUCAUCACCACCGCUGGCUCAAGAUCAGGAGCCAGACCGAGUUCUAGCAAAAGACCAACCGCCCAACUUACGUGAAGCUUUCCAUGAGUUUUACCCAAAUGGCCUGCCUAAUGUCUACAGAAUGCUCCAGACGCCUGGUGCCAAGGGAGUCCCUCAAACUUAUCUUGAGAACUACCUUCCCGUCGGUUUCUACAACAACCCAAGAAUUGAGGCCGGCGCCGUGUUCUCUACUCAGAACGGAACACGACCGUUCCGCUACGUGGAGCAUCUGUUGUCCCAACGUCGAAUCCACCUCUGGUCUAAAGACGAAGUCCAAUCUGUUUGUAACUCACUGCGCAAGCUCUACUGGGAGAACAUGAAAAUCAUACGGAAGCCCUACAGCUGGGAUAGCUUGUGGUUGUACUUCGAUGCCUGCGAUAUUUACAACUAUGGAGCCUUGAACCUCUGGAAUGUGUUGAACCAGCUCUUUGACGAGAACAGGAUAAUUUACGUUGACGUGGCUAAAGAGAAAGCUAUCGAAACAGGCCGCUGGGCCGACCAGUGGCUAGGUGGCGAGGACAAUUACAAGAAGCUCCUGCAGUGGGACGAAACCAAAGGCCCCGUCCUGCGUGUACUCACUGAUGGGGACUGGGAUACACUGGGGAGCAUUAACGACGCAGAACUCGUACUGUUCGUCACGAAUGCUCUCAAGCAUCGUCGCUCUCUACUGCUCUCACCGGAGAAAUUGAGGCUAGACGCAAAGCCUAAUCACCUUAUGACUUCAUACAGUGACAAGAACCUUGAGAACUGGCUUGCUGGCCAACGUAUCUUUGAACCCUCAGGUCUCCCUGCACCCCCAAAGGUCCAAUCCCAUCACGGGUCCCCAAAUUCCAAGAAUGCUCCUGCACCAUAUAUGAUGCAUAGCGGUGAACAUUAUUACCAGCCUGAGAAUGGCCAGCGAGUACCCAGUGCUGUUGAGGCACUGCACCAGUCCGCGGCAGCAGCCGGACCUACCGCUCAUGAAUCUAGCCAGGUAGUUUCGACAGCGCCAAUUGAGAUGUGCAGCACUACUUCUUGGGAAACACUGCAUGCACCGCCCAAGGGUAGAAGUAAAUCCACUGAGCCUACUAUUUCAUACAGUGCACCUGAUCUGCGCGUCAGUAACGAAAAAUUGGAUAGAGAGGCUGGACUUUUGGACGCAAGUGGAAGCAACGCCCACGCAGGAAGUCAUGACGCCAACGAGCGCGACGAGUCCGACACAGACACCCCAACGAAGGUCAGAAAGAGAGGUCGUGGUAAUCCUAGAGCCACAAAAGGAGACCGAAAGGCCACCGUAACCGCGUCUCUUCCAGGAUCGGCACUACUGCGUUACUCAGCUCUUGCUCCUGCCUUAACACAAACUGGCAAUGAUUCCCAGCAGGCGAAUGACGUGCCCUCACUCGGUAGCCCCAAAACUGUUUAG